AUGAUUAAGAUAGAACUUGAGUUGAUUUCAUACUUUCUCAAAACUGGUGGAAUUCCUCGUGAUGGAUUCGUUGACUCGACCCUUUCACCACUGCGCACCACCGUCACGACGGCCGCCAUCCCACUGCAGACGCGGAAGCGGACUUGUCCCCCGAACCCGAGGGGACAAGAGCUCCCCGCCGAAUCAGACCGAGUCGACGAUCCCGACUCUGACGUCUCCGACGUGUCCCACGAGGAAGCCGACUCCCCCACGCACACCGAGCAGGACCCUCGCAGACUCGACAAUGGAAGUAGCGACCCAGACGAGCCCCUCGAGUUAACCCCGCCCGACGAUUCCAAGUCGCUCGCCCAACGCUUCCGGGUUUUCAUGUCGCGCACGCCUCUUCUCCGGACGUCGCCCGCGCUGGGCUCGUCGUCGUAUGGAGCUGUGCGAAUCCCGCAGGACGAGUCUGACGAUAAUGACGAGGAUGCCGAUCCGGCUACUCGACAAGAUAAGCCUGCCUCGGAACGGUCGCCCGGCAGGUCACAGAGGGCUAGCUUCGACAGCUGUGCCGAAGGCCCUUCGAAUGAUGGAUUGCAACAGCGUCGGCGACGGCGAAGGAGUAGUGCUCUAUACACGAAUGCACACAGGCGGCGACCUUCAUCGGCCAUAUCGGAUGUAGGAAUGGGUGCCGAUUCCAAGUACUCAUUCGCAACGGGCCUUGCGGUACCUGGGAACCCGGUGACGCAGGAAACCCCAGCGUCUUCACCGUACAUGACAACCGACGACGAGGAUGUAUUGGAUAUUGAUGACGAAGAUGCAAAGCCGUUCGAUGAGGAUCCUCCGGAUAAUUCGCCCUAUGCUCAAGUCCGAGCGACGGUUCCGGCAACUGAUGAUAUUACGCUCUCCAUCAAUACCCCCCGCAUGUGGAUUCUUGCAUUACUUUUCUCCCUGACCGGUUCUGCCGCCAAUCUCUUCUUUUCUCUGCGUUACCCGAGCGUCGCUAUCACUCCAAUUAUUGCGUUGGUCUUGGUCCAUCCGUUGGGCAAGUUUUGGGAUGUCCUGUUCAAACGGACAAAUGACCCCAUAGAAGUUUUUGAGAAUGGAACUCUCGACCAUCGAGAGUCACCAUCUGACGAAUUCGACGCUCCUGAUCCGUCUUGGCCCACGAGGAUCCGACUCUGGCUUGGCCAAGGGCGUUGGAACGAGAAGGAACAUGCAUGCGUCUAUAUCAGCAGCAACGUUUCUUUUGGAUUUGCGUUUGCCACUGAUGUCAUCGUCGAGCAACAUAAAUUCUAUCAGCAAGAGGUUCCGAUCGUGUAUCAGCUGUUGCUCAUUAUUUCAACUCAAGUCUUGGGUUAUGCCUUUGCCGGUUUGACUAGACGCUUCCUUGUGCGGCCCUCGGCCAUGAUCUGGCCGGGGACGCUCAUGUCUACCGCCAUGUUUUCCACCAUGCACAAGACUGCCAAUAAGAAGGCUGAUGGAUGGAGCAUCUCCCGUUACAAGUUCUUCAUUCUUGUGUGGGCUGGCGCCUUCGUCUGGUACUUUGUACCGGGCUUGCUGAUGCCAGCCCUCAGUUACUUUAACGUGGUGACUUGGUUCGCACCCAAGAAUGUGGUUGUGUCGAAUCUUUUUGGGGUUGCUUCGGGCCUUGGAAUGUUACCUUUGACUUUUGACUGGGCCCAAAUCGCAUAUAUUGGGUCACCCUUGCUCACCCCGUGGUGGGCAGCAGCCAACAUUGUGACGGGCCUGGUGGUGGUCAUCUGGAUCAUCGCUCCGAUCCUGUAUUAUAAAAAUGUGCUUUUCUCCUCUUACAUGCCCAUCCUGUCUGCGGCAGUGUUUGACAACACGGGCCACCCAUAUGACGUGAGCCGAAUCUUGACGCCGGACUUCCUCUUCGACCAAAAGGCAUAUGAAGAGUAUUCGCCCGUCUACCUCCCCAUCACUUAUGUGCUGUCCUACGGCGUCCAAUUUGCUGCGCUGACCUCCCUGGUGACCCACACCAUUUGCUGGUAUGGUAAGGACAUCUUGCACCAAACUCGCAAGGCUUUCGAGGAACGCAGCGAUGUGCCCGGAUUUGAGACAUACCAGCCUCUACGAACAGGAAAUGGACAUACCUCCCCAUCCCGACACCCGCGUGAGGCAUCGAGAGUCAGUUCUCAUGAUCCUAGUCGGGAGAUGCCUCUGGGGAUGGAGGAUGUUCAUUGCCGUCUCAUGAGGCGAUACAAGGACGCUCCCUUGACGUGGUACCUGAUUGUGCUCAUUACAAUGCUGGUCAUUGCCACCUACACUGUUGAGCACUAUCCGGUCCACUUACCCUGGUACGGUCUUUUUCUGGCCCUGCUCAUCACCAGCGUGUUCUUCAUUCCCGUCGGUAUCAUCAUGGCUGUCACAAACCAACAUAGCAGUCUCUAUCUCAUUUGCCAGCUGUUGUGUGGCAUUGUCUUCCCUGGAAGGCCAGUUGCGAACAUGAUCUUCGUGACAUAUUCUUACAUUAGCUCAGCACAGGGCAUCAAAUUUUCGUCAGAUCUCAAGCUCGGGCACUACAUGAAAAUUCCACCCCGCCUCCUUUUUGGUGUGCAGAUGGUGGCGACCCUGGUAUCCAGCCUGACACAGAUUGGUGUUUUGAACUGGAUGUUCUCCUAUAUUCCGGGACUUUGCACCCCCCAGGCUAUAAAUGGCUUCAACUGUCCUAUUGCACGAGUUCACUUCAACGGCAGUAUCCUCUGGGGUGUUGUUGGACCGCAGCGAUUCUUUGGCCCAGGUGGUCUCUAUCGACCUCUCGUCUGGGCGUUCUUAAUUGGCGCCGCAGCACCCGUCGCAGCUUGGAUUCUGGGCCGUCGCAGCAAGAAGAAUUUCUGGCGGAAGGUCAACUUCCCCAUUCUUUUUGGUAGCCUGAGCUGGAUUCCACCCGCGACGGGGUUGAACUUCUCUACCUGGGCGCUUGUCUGUUUCGCGUUUAACUACGUGAUCCGCCGACGCAGGACCGCCUGGUGGGAGAAAUACGCGAUGACACUCUCAGCAGCUUUAGACUCGGGUUUGGCAUUUGCCGUGGUAGUUGUCUUCUUCUGCCUCAUUUAUCCCGGCUGGGUUGAUGGGUUCAAGUGGUGGGGAACUGAGAUCUAUAAACAGGGAUGCGACUGGAUCGCAUGCCCGUACAUGCGUCUGGAGCCUGGGCAGAAAUUUGGUGAAUGA